UUCACUUCCUGAAGUUCUAUUCUAUAGAGGAAGAUGGAGGCUAAUGGAUCUACGCCCCAUUCUUUAGUGCCAUGCAGCAGUGAUGAAACCAUUCGCUUCACUGCAGACUUCCAUCCUACCGUUUGGGGUGAUUACUUCAUUGAAAAUUAUCCAUUACCUUCAAAUCUUCAGAAGUCAGAGGCAUGCGUCAUCAAAAGGAUUGGAGAACUAAAAGAGGAAGUAAAGAGUUUGCUUAAAAAUGCUAAUGAUGACUUACAAAAGAUGGAAUUAAUUGAUGCACUUCAACGCCUUGGUAUGGCAUAUCACUUUGAAAAGGAGAUAGAUGAGAUACUAAACCAAAUUUAUAAUGUCCAUAUUGAUGGUGAAAGUUUGCAUGUUGUUGCCCUUCACUUUCGACUCCUAAGACAACAUGGCUAUAAUGUACCUGCAAAUGUUUUUAACAAGUUCAAAGAAGUUGAAGGAGGUUUCAAGGCCACCUUAAGAAAUGAUAUGAAGGGUUUGUUAAGCCUAUAUGAAGCUGCUUAUCUUGGAAUCCUAGAAGAGGAUAUAUUAGACGAAGCACUUAAUUUUGCAAAAGUACAUCUCAAGUCCAUGGAAAGCCAGACAAGACCACCUCUUGCAGCACAAAUAUUAGAUGCCUUUGAGAUGCCUUUAUAUAGAAGAAUGGGGAGGUUAGAGGCAAAGAAUUAUAUCUCCAUUUACCAAGAAGAUGAGGGACAAAUUAAUCCGGUACUGGAACUUGCAAAGUUGGAUUUUCAUAUGUUGCAGUCAAUUCAUAGAGAAGAAAUUAGGAGCAUCUCCAUCUGGUGGAAAGCACUUGGCCUUGCAAAAAAGCUAACCUUCUACAGGGAUAGAAUGGUCGAGGGUUAUUUUUGGACUCUUGGGAUAUAUUUUGAGCCUCGUUACUCUAGAGCUCGAAUUUAUUUGAUGAAAGUGAUUGCUUUACUGACAAUCAGUGAUGAUAUCUAUGAUGCUUAUGGCACAUUAGAGGAGCUUCAAGCACUUACAGAAGUAAUUCAAAGGUGGGACAUAGAGGCAGCGAAUCAGCUAGAGGAGGUCUCUAAACUCUACUUCCUUAAUCUAUAUAACACAUUCAAGGAAUUUGAAGAUGAACUUGCAGAGGAAGGAAACUCCUAUAGAGUGGACUAUCUCAAAGAAUCAAUCAAGGAAGCAUCAAGGGCUUGUAUGGAAGAAGCCAAAUGGAGGGAUAAAGGUUACGUGCCACCUCUCAAAGAAUAUCUGACUGUUUCAACGAUCUCUUGUUGUUUUGCUGUGCUAUCCUGUGCUUCUUUUGUUGGCAUGGGGGAAGAAGCAACAAAAGAGGCAUUUGAGUGGCUUACGAGCCUCCCAAGAAUCAUAAAGGCUACUUCCUCAAUCUUUCGGCUCCUUAAUGAUGUUGCAUCCAAUGAGUUUGAACAAGAGAGGAAUCAUGUCUCAUCAGCAGUCCAAUGCUACAUUAAAGAGCAUGGCGCUUCGGUGCAAGGGGCAUGUGAGAAGCUAUUGGGAAUGAUUGAAGAAGAAUGGAAAAUUCUGAACAACGAGUGUCUUAAUAUGACUGCCAUGCCAAAGUCUUUGAUCAUGCCAAUCAUCAACAAUGCACGAACAAUUGAAACCAUGUACAGGAAGUCUGAUUCAUACACGCACGCUUCAACUACAAUGAAAGAUCGUAUCACAUUAUUGCUAGUCGAGCCCAUUUCCUUCUGAUCAGAAGGAAAUGGUGAGUUCAUAUUACAGAUCAGUCUACCUAUCUGAUCACCUGCCUAUCAAUGACAUGGUAUAUUUGGAUUUUCCUGUUGUUAGUCUUUCUUGUGUGAGGGAGAAUAAGUGCUCUGUUUCCAUAUCUCUUCUUGGUAUCCCAUAGGGUGUGUAAUCAUCUAAAACAAGUACUUAUUGUUGUCAUAUGAGCAAGUUAAUUCUCAAUAAAGAUGUGUGAUUUAUAAUUUAAUUA